AACUAGCUCGGCAGCUGAAUUUCAGAGUGAGUGUGGAAGAACAACUAGCUGGUUUAUGGUCAAGGUGGAAACAAAAGUCAGGUUUGUUUAAUUUUCAAAUAGACUCUUACAAAUUUUAUGGCUUAGGAUCGGUCCUUCGGAUUAGUUUUUUUGUGUCUUUUAUCAUGAUGCAGAAACUACUUGGAUUAGUUGUCCUGCUGUCACUGCUGAAAGGGUCUGCUUCUAUCAUAGUGACUGUACAGGAGACACAGCAGAACGCCACUUUGUUUGGCUCAGUGAUUCUCCGCUGUGAUUACUCCACCUCUGCAAACCCCCAGGAAGUUCUGGUCACAUGGAGGUUCAAGUCCUUCUGCAGGGAUCCUGUGCUGGAGUACUACUCCACAGCUUACCAGGCUGCGCUGCAGCUGGGACAGGACCCAUCAAAUGAUUGUCCUGACGAUCAGCGGACGGUGCGGACGGUAAUCCAGAAGAGAGGAAGCAGUAAGCCGACCCUUGGAUCUGAAUAUCGGGAGCGAAAGAUCACCAUCCAAAACAAGGCAGACUUGGUGAUACACGAGGUGAUGAGGAGGGAUAACGGGGUUUAUUUUUGUGCUGUUGAUGCCCCCGGGGACACCACUGGUGUCAGUUUGAAAGAAACCAAGCUCAUCGUCUACCGUAAGAAGCAGAGAAUGUCAUAUUGUGACCCUCCAGCAACCUUCUCUCCGUAAUGUCUGUGCAAAUUUUACAGGUCGUGGCAUAAUCUUCAUAAUCUUAUGGUAUUUGAAAUUAGUGAUGUCAUUCACUUCAACAUGGUCUGACAUUUUGGAAGGUCCCAAUGCAUAAAAUCAUAAAUCAA